AUGCUUCAUCCAGAGAAGUUUGUCAAACUAGGUAUUGAUCCUCCAAAAGGUGUUCUCUGUUACGGGCCCCCAGGAACUGGCAAAACAUUACUAGCUAGAGCAGUAGCUAACAGAACAGAUGCUUGCUUUAUUCGUGUCAUCGGAAGUGAGCUUGUCCAAAAGUAUGUUGGAGAAGGGGCUCGGAUGGUUCGCGAGCUUUUUCAGAUGGCACGGUCAAAAAAAGCCUGCAUUGUCUUCUUUGAUGAAGUUGAUGCAAUUGGUGGUGCUCGGUUUGAUGAUGGGGUUGGUGGCGACAAUGAAGUUCAGCGUACCAUGCUUGAAAUUGUCAAUCAGCUUGAUGGAUUUGAUGCUAGAGGAAAUAUUAAAGUUCUAAUGGCUACCAACAGGCCUGAUACAUUAGACCCUGCACUGUUGCGUCCUGGACGAUUGGAUCGGAAGGUGGAGUUUGGUCUACCAGAUCUGGAGGGCCGAACGCAGAUAUUCAAGAUCCACACGAGGACCAUGAACUGCGAGAGGGAGAUUCGGUUUGAACUCCUUGCUCGCUUGUGCCCCAAUUCCACUGGGGCGGAUAUAAGGAGCGUUUGCACUGAAGCUGGCAUGUUUGCCAUCAGAGCAAGAAGGAAGACGGUCACGGAGAAAGACUUUCUCGAUGCAGUGAACAAAGUUAUUAAGGGUUACCAGAAGUUCAGUGCGACGCCCAAGUACAUGGUCUACAACUAGCAAAGUUAUUAAUUCGUUCGAUCCGCAUGCCCUGUGUUAUUCGCUCGAGGAGGCUCGUCUCCCCCUGUUCACUUCUCGUCUCCACUGUGAUGUUCCAUAAUCAGUUCCUGUUUCCCAUGACCUUGUACGUGCGUGCUCCAAGUCUUGGGUGGCGCACAACAUGCGAAAACAUUCUUUAAGGUGCGACAAAUUAUUGAAUUACUACUCUAGGGUUUUUUCUCUCUCUCUCUCUCUUUAGGAUAAGGGGUUGUGCGACAUUGGGUUUUGCACAAUGUCACUGGCACAUUGCUCGUGCAGGUUUUGCACACUGCUGAGAAUCUAUCUCUACCAUUUUUCUCACUUCAAUUGUAAGUAUGCAUUCAAAUCCAAUCUCCUAAAUUAAAUUAUCAACGAAACGGUUGUCUGUUGUAACCCUUACCAUCCGUCCAUGCUAUUAUUCUUGAAGGAGGGAGGGGAGGUAU